AUGCUGAGUCUUCAUGAGCAAAUGCCUUUCCAAGUCUACUUGCUAUCAUCGGGUGCUUUUCAUAUAUUAACUCACUACCACCACACACCACGUUACCGUGCAAUGGAUUCGUUGACAAAGACGGAAUAUGUAACAGCUUUUCUGUCGAAUUGCUCUCCCAAGGACAGCAUGUCCUUGUUUCGACAAAAGUUGGAGCAAGUUCGUUCAGAUAAUGAUGUGUUAGCAUGUUGGAUCCGUGAGCGUAUGGAGAUUGAAAAACAAUAUUCUGGGAGUUUGCAUAAAUUAGCAAUGAGCAUGCAGAAUAUUAUGCCUCAAUCGAUAAGCUUUUCCGACGCGUGGAAACAAUUGGAAGCGGAAACGCUGGAAAUUGCAAAGUAUCGUAAUCAGAUCACACAUCAACUGGGAUCUCAAAUCUACAAGCCAGUCGUGGAAUAUUAUACCAGUUCUCCACAAAUUGCAUCUCUCCGUGAACUUGCCGAGCGAUUGACGAAUAUAGCUAAUGAACUGUCUCCAUCUCAAGGGCUUAUGAAAUUAUCUAAACCUUCAAAAUCCGAUGCGUUACAUUCACGAGCUAACUGGGAUGCUGAAGCCCCUUUAGCUUUUGAAAAGCUACAAAGUCUAGAUGAAGAACGUCUGUUGAUCCUUAAACAAGUAUAUUUGUCUAUCGCUAGCUUGGAAAGUGACGCUUGCGCCUCCCAACAGGAUCUUCUUUCCAAGUCUAUGGAAGUAUACAUGGAUUUACCAAUUGAAGAUGAAAUUAAAAAAUACUCGCAACCUGCUGUAUCCGAAGUAGAUCCUUCGUCGACACCUGAAACUCCGAACACACCUUUCUCUUCUACGAAAGAACAUGGCGGAGACGGGAAGCUGAAAAAUCGUGUGACAACCUUGUUCCGUCGAAAAUCAACAGCUCCUAAGAAAAAUGAUAAAUCAUCACCAAAGUCUCCUCGUGCGGGAAAGCUAGCGAGUAUUUUUAACAAAAAACCAAAGGAUUCCGAUAGUGAUUUUAAGGAGGUUGGGGCAUCUCCUACUGCCAACCAUAGCGUUUACUCUUUUUCUAAUCAAUCUCACGCAUCCUCAUUUGCUAGACCUGUGCAUGAUUUUAGAGUCAACAACCAUGGAGAAGUGGAAGGUGAAAACGAAGAAACAAUUCGACCGAAUUUGCUUGAAAGAAAUCAAAUUCAUCCAUCGUUGGAUCAGCCUGGUUCGCAUGAACCAUAUGAUUUUUCCGCGCAAAGAAAUGAUAUAAGUGUUCAGAAACCUGAAUCUGCUACUUCUCCCGAACGGACGAGAGAAAAAGAGUCUUUGUUUUUGACUACAAACGACUUUGAACCAGCCAUUCCAACUUCUUCUUCGCCCUCAACAAAUCCUCAGAGUCCGCAAUACGAAAACAAACAAGCGCCUGAAAGCGACGAGGCUGUAAUCGAAAAUGUUAGCAAUACUCUUCGAAGAAAUACUACAAUAAGCAGACAUUCUACUCUUGGGGGGACAAACACAUCAACUUCAAGUGGUCAAGCAGCCGAUAUGAGUAGCUUGCCUAACUUUUCAACAAUGUCCCUUCAGACUCAUGAUCAUCACGAGGUAAUUCCUGGUUGGCUUCCAGAGUUACCAAAAACAGAUGGUUUGUCUGCAGCAAUAGUAGAAACUUUUUCAGGCGAACUCUCCUCUUCAGGCUUGCUACACCCGUCUUGUGUUGGAACCGUAUACAUGAAGUAUGCACCAAAAGUUGGCGAAUUCAGUAAAGAGCUUGGCGUCCAAAUCGCAUCCAAUUUUUCAUUAUCUAUCAUAAAGCGAGAUGAAAACUUCGUAAGGGCUUCUUCUUCUAAUGACUGUUUCCACUUGGCGACAGACAAACUGGAAUCUCCUCUUCCUGUUUUAGGUUAUACGUUGCAGUUGGAUAGUGUCAAUGGUACUCGCUCCAUUCCUCUGACAGUUGUUCAAAAAUGGAAACAUGAAGAUACCAGUAGUAGUAUGAUUGCCUUCAUAAAGCCUAACCCGGCUUGGAAGAAUCUUGGAAACACUCUUACUAUUCAAAAGCUCGUUAUUAUUGUAUAUUUAGGUGAAAACAUCCUUGUUAAAAGUUGUCAGAGUUCUCCUGCGGGAGAGUUCAGUAGAAAAACAAGCAAGUUGAAGUUGCAUUUUUCUGAUAUUACAGUUUCCUCUUCUGGAUUCAAAGUGCUUGCCCGCUUUGUUGUUAGCCCGAAUACUGCGAUUCGUAAACCGGUGAUUGGUUUGCGGUUUAGAAUGAAUGAUAACACAAAUGAUGCGGGUCUAGUUAAAUUAUUUGAACGACCUGAACUUGAAAGCCCUGCUUCAAGUCGUAGGUCUGCGCUAGAAAGCGCUUACGAAGAAAAGAAAAUCCCAACGUCUUACACCUCACAUAUUCGUGAUUGUAUACUUUAUCCUUCUUAGGGGGAUAUAUUUUUUUUUCCCCUUCACACUAAAACUACCACUGUUUUAUCUAAAAUGUUUUUGUUUUAUCGUUGACGUACUGAGUUCUUUCCUUUGUUAAUAAUGUUUGUGUGCAAUUUGGCCUUUAUUAUAUUACUUAGAGUAGUGUUUCUUUUCAAUUUGUUUAUAUUUAUCAUUUAAAGUCUUUUGCAUAACCCAUCUAUCUACUAUACCUUUUGUAUACUAAGGCAGUUUAAAUACGUUUUGUAAAAUACAGUGCAUUCUAAAG